AUGCUCCGCUCAACCCUUCAGACAAGCUUGCUUGUCAUCGCUCUUCUGACCCUGGUCAUGAAAGCUCACGCCACCCUCCCAGUCCGUGUCCUUACCCACAAUAUCCGCUACGCAUCCAGCCCUCCCUAUGAUGGAGGCGAGAAGCCCUGGUCCAUCCGAAAGUCCAAGAUUGUCGAUGAAUUGAAGUACAACACGCUGCACAAUGCUGAGGCGUUUGUGUGUCUUCAGGAAGUGUUACAUGAACAACUUGUUGAUAUUAUGAGCGGGUUGAACAGCGACAGCUCAAGCCAAGACGGAGAUGAGUGGGCCUACAUAGGCGUAGGCCGCGAUGACGGCAAGCAAGCUGGCGAGUACAGUCCUAUCAUCUACCGCAAAUCCGUCUGGAGACUCGAUAAAUGGCAGACGGUGUGGUUGAAUGAAGACGGCGCUGUUGGCAAGAAAGGCUGGGAUGCUGGAAGUAUCAGGAUUGUUACCGUCGGCAAGCUCAAGCACAUUGCCAGCAAGAAGAAGGUGGUGGUCAUGGGCACGCAUUUCGACAAUUCGGGCGAAGUGAGCCGGAGGGAGAGUGCAAAGAUCAUCAUCCGACUUGUCGACUCGGUCACGAGUAACAAGAAGAUCCCCUUCUUGCUCGCUGGUGACCUCAACUCGGAAGUUACUGGGGAGGCGCACCAGAUCCUCAAUUCGCCCUCCUCGCCGUUCCAGGAUACGAAGCAAUUGGCCAAGUGGCAGUACGGCAAUCAUAAUACAUUGACAGACUACACUCUCGCGAACCCGGACACCAUAACCAAGUACAAGGUUGCUGCCGAGAUCUCCCAGAAAGUCCUCAAGGAAGUUUCAGGAUGGAUCAAGGCGGACGCCAGCAUCGUCGAGCUUUGUGAGCGCGGCGACCAGCUGCUAGCCGAGGAGGUUGGCAAAGUCUACAAGGGCAAGAAGGUCCUCAAGGGCAUUGGACACUGCACCACCAUCUCGCCGAGCGCCUACGUCACCCCAUAUACGCCGCUCAAGACUGACGCUGAGGAAGCUGCUGCGGCCACACUGAAGGAGGGAGAAGUCGUUAAAAUCCAAUUGGGCGCUCAGAUUGAUGGCUUCUGCACAAUCGUCUGUGACAACGUAAUUGUUGGCAACGAUGGAGAGGUCACUGGACGAGAGGCAGAUCUCUUACUCGCGACACACUACGCAAACGAGCUGCUAUUGAGACUGAUGGUGCCACCGGGUCUGGUUGCUCACGGUGACGAGGAGGAACAGAAGAAGGCCGCAUCCAAGAAGGCCUAUACACAAAGCCAGAUCACCAACAUGCUAGAGAAGGUCGUCAAGGCGUACGGCUGCAAUGUCGUCGAGAGCACAACCAUCUGGCAAUUCGAGCACAACGAGAUCGAGUCCAAGAAGAAGAUCAUAUUGGCGCCUGGUGAGGGCGUCAGAGGUGAGGGUCUUCCUGAAGUCGGCGAGGUGUGGGGUGUCGAGAUUGGUGUCAGUCUGGGCAGCGGCAAGGUCAAGAACAAUGGCAACAGGACGACCCUUCACCGACGUACGGCUACCACUUACCAGCUCAAGCGUCCCACCUCGAGGUCGCUCUUGUCUGAAGUUGUUAAGAAGUUCGGCACUUUCCCUUUCAGUCUGCGACAGCUUGAGGAUGAGAAGAGCGCCAAGGUUGGUGUGGUGGAGUGUGUCCGAGCUGGCGUGCUUCGUCAGUACGAGGUCGUUAUCGACAAGGAGAGCCAGCCUGUGGCUAGGUUGUUCAGCACUGUUGCAAUCACCAAGAACGGCAUACAGCGCCUCGCUCAGCCAGCUGAAUUCGAUACUUCCAAGUACAAGUCGGACAAGAAAAUCGAGGAUGAGGAGAUUCUCAAGAUUCUUGAACAGCCUAUUGGUAAGACGUCGACUAAGAAGAACAAGAAGAAGAAGAAGAAGCCUACCAAGAAGGCUGCUGAAGGCGGCGCUGCCGAGGAGGAGGGAAGCGACGAGGAUUUCGCCAUGCCGGCCCUCCGCAAGUCUGCCCGGGAGCGCGACUUUCGCUCGCAACAGCACAGGUCCAGCACCACGCCCUACGCCUCCCCUACCGGCACGCCAAGCGAACCAACCUACGAGAAGAAGCAACGAUCAAUCACCGAGUGGACUGAGCCACAACCUCAGACUUUGGCACCCUCAUUUGAAGAGCACGGUUUUGCGCGGCACGGCGUGCUAGAGAACAUGGCCCCCCUCGGCGUACCACCAAAAGCAAAGGACAAGCAGCGCGCGCGUGCUUUGGGCGAGCCGGCUCCCCGACAUGCGUUCUUGGGCAAGGGCAAUGCGCUCUUCGGGGACGAGGUUGGGUCGACGCCAGAGGUGACUCCGGCUCCUGAGCUCGAGCCUGAUGAUUCAGAGCGGCACGAGGAGGACGAGAUGCAGGCUGACUUUCCGGUUCUUGAGGAAGAGGAGGAUGAUGACUACGAGCCAGCCAAGACGAAGAAGAAAGGGAGGCUGUCCAAAACUCCCAUCAGGGGCAAGACACCUGUCUACGGCAAGUCGCCUGUUAAAAAUGGCCACAGCAAGACGGUGUCAGUCUCCGCAAGCCCGGCAGUACAGGCAGCUCAGACACUGGAACCUGCAGACGCGGGCACACAGCGCUUGCUUAUCGCGGUCAACGAUGCCAUCUCGAGAGCUAAUAAGGAUGGCCGACGCGGUGUCGGCGUAGCUUUGAAAGAGAUAUUCGAGCAUAGCAGAACAAAUACCUUUGUCGCGGCUGUUCUAGACUCUAUCAUGCAUCGAAACUCAACGGAUGAGCAGUGGGAUGAAUUUCGCAUGCGCGUCAAGAGCAUCCGCAAGCGAAUAAGGAAUGAGGCCAAACGACAGCGGGCACAAGAGGAGCGUUAUGGCCGACGAAGUGCGGAUAAUCAUGGAACAGCGCGCUUUUCUCAACAGCUUUCACCGAGGGCUAGCAGCGAAGUUGUGCCUGAUGAUUCGGUCUCCGCUGUACAUGACACCGAGGAUCACAAGCUCACUAUUCCGAAAACCUCAACCACUAUGGAAGCGGCAACGAAAGCCACGCAUCGAGCGCUACAUUCAGCUCUUGAAAAGGAAGUCGCGCAACCUUCGCCUCAUCCCUUUAGUACAGCUCCGGCCCUUCCGGUAGCCGAUACCUCAGCGGAGUCAACGCCGAGGAGGCCUUCGAAAUCACCGCGAAAGCGUGCUACAGCAAAUGGUCAUCUUGUGCCAGACGCUGAAAUGGAUAUCGAUGGCGGCGCAUCGACCACGGCACCAACUCCAGCAGCAAAGACACCCGAUACAGGUGCAAGUGAUUCCGAGCUUUCCGACGUCAACGAAGAGAUCGUUCAAAAGGGUCCACCAGAGCCCGUACAGGCCAACGGCAAAAGUGUCACAGCUGUUUCUACUACAGGACCGAAAAAGGGGAAGAAUCCUGCACAUGCGCGCGCUGCGAAGAAAGCAAAGGGCAACAUGGGAAAGCUGUUCGGCAAGCAUGCCUACAAGCACCAGCCGCCAACCGCGGAGCAACAAGCGGAAGACGAGCGUAUAGUAGAGGUGCGAAAGGCAUUGGUAGAGCAGCAGCCGAUGCGUCACUUCGAGCACAUCCCUCCUCCAGUGUCCGACGUUCGCUUUGACGACGAGAUCCUCGAAACUGAGUCUCUGACCGAUUCCCAAAUCGCGGUAGGACCGCCUGUUGGCUUUGAUCAACCGCGACGUGCUGGCCGAAUACCACACCACGGUACAAAGCGAUUGCGAGAGGAUCGUUCCCGGUUUUCCUCACCUCAGCUUGAGUCGGCUGCAGCGACGCGACCUUCAACGCCAGUAGUCGGUCCAGCUCCUAAGCGGCUCAAGCUCACCAACGGCCAGGCUGCUAGAACAAAGCGAUCGCCAGUCAAAAAUCGAGACGGAGGACCUAUUGCUGGUGUAGCAUUUAAUGGCGGUGGCGGUUCGAGACAGCUGGGGCCUGAUGACAAUGACCCUAACUCGCCACAAUCAGAAAGCGACGAUUUCUGCUCUGCUUGUAGAGGGCCGGGCGAGUUUGUUUGCUGCGAAGGCUGCCCACGCGUUUUUCAUCUUCUCUGCUGCGAUCCGCCUCGUACCGAAGUGCCUGACGGCGCAUUUUAUUGUUACGAAUGCAAUGCGAAGCUGGGUGCGUGCGAUGAAUCCGCUGCGGACUCUUACACAAGCCUUGGACCACUUUUCAAGUCGCUCGAGCGUACCAACCCUCGCGCGUUUGCAUUGCCUCAAGAAGUUCAAACCAUCUUUGAAGGCAUCUCUGCACGAGCUGAUGGUUCCUACUUUGAAGAGGUCAAGAAGUUCCCAUUAGCAAAAAACAGUGGUUAUGGCUACCAGAAGCCAGACUACACCAGAUUACUCGAUGGCGACCACAAACCCAUCUUGUGCACGCAGUGUGGUGUUUCGAGCGGCCACAAGCGUCAAAUGCUCAAGUGCGACUUUUGUCACGCGUACUGGCACUUGGACUGCGUUGAUCCGCCUCUCGCUAACCCGCCACAAAUCAACCUUGAGGCAUCUCAGCGAGACGCAUGGAGGUGCCCGCGUCACAUUGAACAUGAUCUUCGUAGUGUGAUACAGAAAGAUUUGAAUGAGCCGGAUCACGAUGUUAAGAUGGUCGACGCGGCGCCGGUCAUCCGGGUUGCACGUAGACUUCGGAUGCGCAGGGAACCCGAGGUCAUCGAGCCAACCUUCUCGCGUGGCAUGCGCAACAACGGCUUGAUCGAAAUAAUGAACGAUCCCGACGACGAUACUGAUGAGGAAGGCAACUACGUCUUCAGUCCUGAUGACCCGAAGGAUCUCAACUCCAAGAUCUUCCGUGUUCCCGAAAAAGGCCUCAUCCUUGACUUCGUCAGCAAGGUUAAGAGUGGCCGUGUUAUGAAGGAGUACGAGGCGCGAAGAGCCGCAGAGGCUGCAGCGCAACGCAAGGCGUCUAUGCAAAACUUCUUUGCACAUUCCGUUCAAACACAACAAGCGGCACUCAAUCUCGCAAUUGUAGCAAAGAAAGACUCAGACAUCGCUUUGGGCGAGGGCAAGAUCUCCGCGCUCAUCCUCAGUCUCACUUCCGAAGCUCCUCCGGAUGUCAUCACUGCCUUUGACAACGCUGCUGCUCCGCCGCUCACCGAGGACGAGCGCACGCAUUUGUUGAAGCUUGAGGAGCUCAUCCAGCGUCGUCUCAAGGCUUGA